AUGGAUAAAACCACCAAGUUUCCACAAGAGGGAAAAAGACCACCGCCGCCGCCGGAGGAGGAAGAGCCCCACUCCCUCCGCGAAUCGAAAAUCCAAGACAAACGUCGAUCAUCAUCGGAGCCCUCGGAAUUCUUCGAGUUCCUCCACGAUUUCAAUUCGGAGAUGACCAAUGCAGAAGACAUAAUCUUCCGCGGAAAGCUCAUGCCCUAUCAAAACCCUCACCCCCAAAUCCUCAAAUCCCUCUCCGCCGACGACGCCUCUCGCUUAUCCAGAACUCAUCGCCGCAGCUCGCUCUCCGCAGCCGCGAGGCCGCGGAGCGCCGCACGGUCUCGGUUGGCCAUGAAACCGGAGGCGGCGGACAUUCACCGGAACUCUUCGAAGAGCUCGGCCAAGUCGGAGGGGUCGUCGAAGGUGAAGCCGAGGUGGUUUGUGAUGAUGUUUGGGCCGCUGAAGCUUCAGCCGGAGAUGGAUCUCCGGGAUAUUAAGAGCAGGCAGGUUCGCCGGAAUACGGGGAGGUUGUUCGCCGGGAUUGACGGCGGCGGCGGAAGGAGUGAUCGGAGGAGCUUUUGGGGUGUUGAUUUGUUGAAGGUGUUGAGUUGCAAGAAUCAUGCAAGUGUGGCUGUCACGGCUUCCAUUGGCCUUGUUCCACAUUUGUAA